AUGAACCAAGGCAAAUUGGAUGUUAUGAAACAUGAGAUGUCAAGGUUAAACAUCGAUAUCCUGGGAAUUAGUGAACUCAAAUGGACUGGAAUGGGACAUAUCACAUCAGACAGCCAUCACAUCUUCUACUGUGGUCAAGAAUACCGCAGAAGAAAUGGAGUAGCCAUCAUAGUAAAUAGUCGGGUGGGCGAAGCAGUUCUCGGCUACAACCCAAUAAAUGACAGAAUGAUUUCAAUUCGAAUUAAAGGCAAGCCAUUUAACAUCUUACAAGUUUAUGCUCCAACCAUGGAUGCUGAAGGGGCUGACUUUGUCCAGUCUUAUGAAGAUAUUCAACACGAUAGAUAUAACACCAAGAAAAGAUAUAUAAAUAUAUAG